CGAGCACGAUACGAGAGGAAAGGGGCGACGGACACUUUUAUAAGACUUCAGCACCAGCCAUGUGAAGAUGGACGGCGUGGGGUCUCUCGCGGAAGCAGAGGCGCACAUGUUUGGGCCAGAAAGGAUGAUUGACCUGUAGCAUCAGAAUGGUCGUUCUUGCUUAUCUGCACCAGCGCUCGUCGUGCCGCGCAUGCUUCAGACUGCUUUGCAACAAUCUUAUCCAAACACGAUGUAAAACUCGCGUGCGAACUUUCGACCCAUGGCUAACACGGCCUGUCGCGCUCUGCAGACUCCAAGGCUGGUCCCAGCGAUGCAAUGAGGACCCCGGCAGACCCCGGCGCGUCUGUCGUUGUACUCGUAAUAACGCUGGCUAUUAUCUCCAUCUCGAGAUCAUUCUCAAAGUUGAAAUUGAAGGCCAUAUUCCUCCAAGCGCUCUGGUCACAGGCAAUCUGAGAUACGUGAGUCUUGUCUGUGUCUUCCCCCGGCUCCGAUCAGGCUGCGAAGUGUGUCCGUUCAUGCGCGUGAUGGACGUGAGAUUCCGGGCUCAGGCGAUUGAUGGUGGAGCAACACGCACUGGCCACCAUCUGAAUGUCAGCUAAAGAUUUGCGCGCAUACCUGCGUGCACUCUCAAGGAUGAGUAUGGCAGAAUGGGUGAUUCAAUAUCUAAUCCAGUGCAAAGGGAUCAUAGCGAGCCGCCUCGGAGUGCCAGGACCAACUGGUCACCGCAUACGUAUGGAAGCAGAGAUGGUGGGGGAAGAGAGAAAAGAAAAGCGGUCAGCCUUCUACGCUAUCGAGCAAGUGAGCUGGCAGCCCCGAGGCAGGCACGACUAACAUGUAAGACCGAGCCGCCCUCUAUGCCAAACUCCUUUGCUGUUUUCUCGUCGUGCCUAUAAUU